AGCGGUUUUUCCCGAGCCUUGUUUUUGAUGGACGCGAGCUGAAGAAACAACAGAGAUGGCGGUCCCCACUGUUUGUCUCCUUGUGGCUCUCCUCUUCGCCGAGUCGACGAGCAAGCAGCUGAACACGGAAAACCUCCUGAUCAACGUGACGGCGGGGACGCUGGGAGACGCCGAGCCGCAGCGCUCCAACAGCUUCCAGAUCCAUUUGAACCUGUCAGUGGGCGAAGAUCAGGUUCUGGUCAAUGAGAUCCCAGUGGAGCUGUCCGGAGUCACCAGGUUCAACUGCCAGGCUCUUUUCCCGGACGGCAGUAAUGGAAGCAGCCCGUUUGAUGCGGGGGACGUGGUGUCGGCGGUCACCCGGGUCAUGGUGAGCCAGAACCGGCUGUACAGCGACUCAGACGAGGUUCUGGCUCUGCAGGUGUUCAGCCAAGUGAUAGAGCUGGAAGGCAAAGAGGUCCACCAACCUGACAUGUGCGAGGUGAAGAUACUGAUGAGCCCAGACUUCCAGAAGCUGGCUCAGUUCACCAACGUCUACCCCAUCGGACACAGCGAGAUCUUUAGGAUCCCCAGGGAGAACGACGUGGUUGUCACAGAUCCACCCAACUUCAGGACAGAUGGAGAGCAGCUGGUGUCUCAGACCACCAGCCAGUACCCCCACACGGAGAAGCACUCUGAGACCACGCAGGAAGAGGUGGCGGCUCCGGGGAAGCUUCCAGAAACCCCGCUGCGGAUGGACCCCGACCUGCUGUCCGAGGUCAGAUACAGCGACGAAUAUGACGACACGGAACCAAGCCCAUCGGAUCAGAUGGAGAUGGGCAGCCCACCCCAGGAAACCACGUCCUCCUACUCGGCUAUGUGUCAGUGGGUGGAGCAGGCGAGGGAGCGUCUGCGGCGCUUCUGCUACGAGUCCCUGCCCCUCUUCUUCCUGGUCAUGUGGGUGGUGGUGAUCGGUGUAGUCGGAUCGGCGUUUAUCGUCAAGAUCCUGGACCUGUUCUUCCCAGCCUGUGAACACAAGCACAUUUUCCACGUGAACCCUGUCACACUAAUGCCGGAGGAGGAGGAGAAGCUCAACCUGCUGGAGAGCGCAGAAUCAGAACCGCCUGAAGAAGAGAAGAAGCCUUGAAGACGAGCAGGCUCGGCCCGGCUCCUUCCCGCUCCUUUUUCUUCCUGAUUUCCAGUUUAGUCAUGGCCUCUGGUUCUGGUUCUGUUCCCUGCUUUUAGUCAGACCCGUGACCCACUCCUCUCGUUUCCCUUCAGUUUCCUGCUCAGCCAUGGAAACCCUGCAGUUACAUGACCAAGUCCACCACAGGAAUGGUGAGGCGUAUAAUGCACAUUUUGAUGGAAACACGGGGACUAAGAUUAUUAAGAUUAAGAUCAUUUUCAAUUUCAUUCUCAAGAAUGUCGCCACCUGAUACAACAGCUGGUCCUCCUGAAGAUCUUGCAUGUCUGUUACCUCUUUUAAUGACAAACAGCAAGAAUAAACUUUAGUUUCUUUGAGCUUUUUUUGAAAAAAAAAAGAAAAGUCAGUUCCAGAUGGUUUCCAUGUUUCAGUUAAGCAUCUUAUUUCUUUCAGCAACAAUCACGUGUUUCUGUAAUCUAAAAAAACAUUUCUAUUUAAAGCCAGUGAUAAAUCCGGCCAAAUUAAAGCACAAAUGAAGUAAAAAAAAUAGAAAUAAAAAAAAUGGCGAUCACAUGAUACCAAAAUGAUGGACCUUUUUCUGGGAAGUUUAGUUCCUUUUGUUCCGGUGCGUCUUCUUGUCUCAGAUAGCUGACACGCAGCGCCGGGUCCGGGCGUUUCCCGGCCGACACCCGGCCCACCUGUCGCCCUUUAACUGGAGGUCCCUGCUGGUGAAACGAGGCGGCCCUUCGAGACAAAUCUAUGCAGAUCACUUCCUCCUCGGCCAUGAAAUGAAUGUCGCUCCUGAGGAGGCGCCUCCCCGUGAAGCCUGCUGCACAUCUGGGAGCUUCUCCUGCUGAUUGUUCUUCACAGUGCCUCGUCGUUGAGGGGGGUCCUUCACGUGCAGCGCGGGGGGAGGGGGCCGGUGGCACCAAAGCACCACUUUCCCAGUGUUGCUUGUACUGAGGAAUGUAAAUGAAGUUGCUCACCAUGUUCCUGCACGGUGGACACUAAAGAGAACCACCGCUCUGACUGAUCAGGACAAGAUGGAACCAUGAGGUCCCUGAGGAAGUGAUGACCCCACGCUUAGUUUUGUAUUUGCCUGUAAAAGCUGGACAGAUGUUGCUCAUCGUGUUCUGUAAUCUAGAGUGCCUCUCCAUUUCUUCUCGUCACUGUCGGUCCUGGCUGGUAUCUUGGCGAUGUAGCAGGGUGCCAGGCCGGCGCCAAACACCAUUCUUUGGUCGACUCUUGUCCCCCUUUUCAGAAGACACGUCAGUUUUUAUUCCUCAGAUCACGCCUCUGGACCGGACAGCAGCAUGCAUGAUGUCAGCUCUGUAGAAAGGAUGCAUGUGUCGCGUAGCCAGUGAGCGCGGCGCGCCGUUUCACCGCUGCGUUCAAAGCUGCAUGAUGACUCAACACAACCGUGCCCCCGGCCCCAAGUCCCCCACCAGCCCAGCCCCACGCACACUAGAAAUCAGCUCUUAUGGCAGGCAACAUGGAAGCAUGAGUUUUAGAGACUUUGCUGAGAAACAAAAUCUAUUUAAACUCGCUUUGUUCCAUCUGUACAGAUCCACGUGUUUGGUGUCUGAAUUGUAACUGGGUUGUGUUUUGGAGUUGGAACUUUAGCUUAAUAAAUGCUGUGCUUACAACCA